AUGGUGGAUGCUAACUGCAAAUUUCUUCUCAUUGAUGUUGGAUCCUAUGGAAAGGAAGAAGAUGCAGGAAUCUUCCAAAUGUCAGUAAUGGGAUCUAAGGUGCCAAACGGGGAAUAUUUCACUCCACCUGAAAAUUGGCCAGCAUCAGACAUCAAGCCUCUUCAUGUUAUUGUCGGUGAUGAAGCAUUCAGACUGGAUAAACAUGUGAUGAAACCUUUCACCCAGAAACAAGCUGUGGCAGACUCCUCUAAGAGGAACUACAAUUACGCCCUGUGCAGAGCCCAAAGAGUAACUGAAAGGGCAUUUGGAAUCAUGUGUGUUGUGUUUAGAAUCUUCUUUACCCCAAUUAAUUUGAAACCUGAUACAGUAGAUUUGGUGUAA